AUGUGGCUGUACCUGGCGGCCCUCGUGGGCCUGUCCUACCUCCUGGGCUUGUACCUCCGAGACAAGUACAUUUUCAUCACGGGCUGCGACUCAGGCUUCGGGAACCUGCUGGUCAGGCAGCUGGACCUGCGAGGCUUGAGGGUGCUGGCCGCGUGUCUGACGGAGGAGGGGGCCCAGCAGCUGAGAGGCCAGAUGUCCGACAGGCUGGAGACGGUGAUCCUGGAUGUCACCAAGACAGAGAGCAUCUCUGCGGCCGCCCAGAGGGAGCUCUCCUACUUUGGAGUGAAGGUAGCUAUGAUCGAGCCUGGUUACUUCAACACUGAUGUCACCAACCCUGAGAAGAUUUCUAGGGCCACCCAAGAGGCAUGGGACCGGCUCAGCCCGGAGGUGAAGGAGCUCUAUGGGGAGAAGUUCCUGGCAUCUGGUGAGUGA